AAAAAAUAGUAGCCACUCGAUUUAAUCUAAGGUAACCUGUACCGGAGAAUCGCGUUCCAGCCCCUAAGCGGUGCAAGUAGCAGUUCAUCCUUAUCUUCUCCAAGUGCCAUGAUGUUUUAAGCCGGGUAUAUAAGCCAAAAUGAGGCGGGCUGAGGCAAAAUUCAGGAGCCCCUCCUUUUCCGGCUUCGCCUCCUACAAAAUGAAGCGACAUCUCAACGCGACAAUGCUCAUGACUAGCCUGGGGAAGCAAUUGGAUAUCUAAGAAUAACUUUGAGAUACAACAAGAGCAAUGAUCUAUUCGCUCCUUUUACUAGGCGCGGGUCUCGCCUCGCCGGCCUCAGCAGCAUGCAGCCGAGAAUUACUUCAGGAGGCCACAGCGGCAUACGUCAAAGCCCAAGCUGCCGGAGACCCGAAUCUGCCUACUCUGGCUAGCAACGCCAGCUACUUGGAGAACGACACGCCGGGGGAUAUCAAAAAAGGUAUUUUAAGCCAAGCCAUCACCAUCGAUUUCAACCGCAGUCUGCACGACACAACCCAAUGUGCCACGUUCACCGAGCUGUCUGCGGCUACCAACAAGAACCCGUACGUCAUCCACACGCGCCUGCUCUUUACCAACGACAAGAUCACGGCCGUACAAUCGGUUGUCGCGGACCAAGGCGACUGGGCCUUCAACGCGACGGGGCAGCUCUACUGGACUAAGCAGGAGAAGUGGGACACGAUCCCGGAGGACAAGCGUGACAGUCGCGAGGUCAUCCAGGCUGCCGGCGAUGCGUAUCUAGACAGCUGGGGUGAUGGUACCGUCGCGGUCCCGUACGGCACGCCGUGCGCUCGUCUCGAGGGUGGCUCUUACACAGGGGGCUCGCGACCGACGGCCAACACGUGCGUGAUGCCGCAGUUCCCGGAGCCAUUCAAGGUCGGAAACCGCCGGUACGUCAUCGAUGAGGAAGUUGGCGGUCUCGACAUCUUCAACGACUUCCCGUUCAUCGACGCGGGAAAGCCUGAUGGUACGCCUAGCACCAACUUUAUCCGGGUUGAGGGCGGCAAGCUCAGGUACAUCCACGAGGUUACCGUGUGCACGACUCGCAAUUGUGGAAGAUAAAGGGUUGACCUGCUAUGAGAUGUGAGGUUCCCAAAAUGGUAAGGGGGAAUUGGCCGUGUAGAGGUUGCUGUAGCUUAGUAUUUCUUAGGUAGGUAAUAUUGGUAUCGCCAUGUAUAGCAUCCGUUCGAAUAAUGGGAUAUACAUAGGUAAUGUGUAAAGAUUCUAUACCUAUAUUAGUGUAUUUAGGAGCUACUUGGCUCGAAGUUUCUGGACUUGGAGCUAUGUCACCGCAUGUGAGAUUCUACUAUGUAUUCGACCAAGGUUCUCUUCUCUUCCGAUGUCAGGAGACAUUCAGGCCGUAUGAAGCCGAAGUGGAACUGGACAGAUAUUUACGAAUAUCGUAUGGACGAAUAAGAAAUGUCCAACAUGUAUGGUGGAUUGGCUAGUCGGAGAGAGACCUGAUGGCUGAUGAUCGUGGAGGAGAUAAGUUCGACGGACAAGGACCGGAU